GAAAAGAGAAGGGGGACAGAACUGCAAAAUCUAGUUCAUGAUGAAGCUGCUCUGCUUUGCAACAUUUCUUCUAAUGUUUUUGGCGAAAAUGGAAGCGCGACCACAAGCACCAGCUGAAAGCUCCGCACUAAAAUGCAAACCAGGUCCUAUGGAUUUAGUCUUCAUAAUUGAUAGUUCAAGAAGUGUUCGGCCAUUUGAAUUUGAAACUGUGAGGAAGUUUAUGAUUGAUAUCAUUAAUUCACUGGACGUUGGUCCAACAGCUACAAGGGUUGGAGUAGUUCAGUACUCAAGUCAAGUGCAAAAUGUUUUCUCCCUCAAAUCCUUUUUUAACAAAGCUGACAUGGAAAAAGCUAUUAAAGACAUAAUUCCUCUGGCCCAAGGAACCAUGACUGGCCUUGCCAUACAAUACGCCUCAAAUGUCGCUUUCACUGAGGAAGAAGGUGCUCGACCAUUGUCAAAAAGGAUUCCAAGAGUUGCUAUAAUUGUCACUGAUGGGAGACCACAAGAUCGUGUUGCAGAAGUAGCUGCCCAAGCACGUGAGGCUGGUAUUGAAAUCUAUGCUGUUGGUGUACAAAGAGCAGAUGUUAACUCCCUUCGAGCCAUGGCUUCCCCUAACCUUGAUGACCAUGUUUACCACGUAGAAUCAUUUGAUCUUAUUCAGCAAUUUGCAAUCAAGUUUCAGGAUGCACUAUGUGGUGUCGAUAUGUGCACUGAGAUGGACCAUGGCUGCCAGCAUAGCUGUGUUAAUGUCCCUGGAUCUUAUUAUUGUGAAUGUAAUGAAGGAUAUAAACUCAAUGCAGAUGGGAAAACAUGUUCUUUGAUAGACCUUUGUCUACAAGGCAAUCCUGGUUGUGAACAGCUCUGCGUUAGCUCCCCUGGCUCCUACUCAUGCGCUUGUAGAGCGGGAUUCAAGCUGAACAGUGAUAAAAAGACUUGCUCUAUGAUAGAUCUUUGUGCCCAAGGAAAUCACGGCUGUGAGCAACUCUGCAUUAGUUCCCUUGGUUCCUAUUCUUGUGCCUGUCGAACUGGUUUCCAACUGAACAAUGACAAAAAGACCUGCUCUAUGAUAGAUCUUUGUGCCCAAGGAAAUCACGGCUGUGAGCAACUCUGCAUUAGUUCCCUUGGUUCCUAUUCUUGUGCCUGUCGAACUGGAUUCCAACUGAACAAUGACAAAAAGACCUGCUCUAUGAUUGACUAUUGCUCGUAUGGGAACCACAGUUGCCAGCAUGAGUGUGUUGGUAUUCUGAAUGGUUACUAUUGCCGCUGCAAUGAAGACUACACAUUGCAAAAUGAUGGGAAAACUUGCUUGGCCAAUGACAUCUGCAAUGUUGUGGAUCAUGGAUGUGAAUUUAAGUGUGUCAGCACACCUGGCUCUUUCCAUUGUAUUUGCCCAGAAGGACAGGAACUUCAGGCAGAUGGGAAAUCAUGCAGCAAAUGUGGAUCAGGCAUUAUUGAUUUGGUAUUUGUAAUUGAUGGUUCCAAGAGUGUUCGACCACAGAACUUUGAACUGGUAAAGCAAUUUGUAAUAAAGAUUGUUGAUUCCUUGGAUGUUUCUGUUCAUGGAACACAUGUUGGGCUGGUUCAGUAUUCAAGUCGUGUGCGUACAGAGUUUUCUCUGGGACAAUUCAAGACUGCAAAAGAUAUUAAGAAUGCUGUGGAGAACAUACAGUACAUGGAAAAGGGAACCAUGACCGGACUAGCACUUAAACAUAUGGUAGAACAUAGUUUCUCAGAACAGGAAGGUGCAAGACACACUUCUAGAAAUAUACCAAGAAUUGGCUUGGUGUUCACCGAUGGUCGCUCUCAAGAUGAUAUUUCUGAGUGGGCAAGAAAGGCUAAGGAAGCUGGCAUUACUAUGUAUGCUGUUGGUGUUGGCAAAGCUGUUGAAGAUGAACUUAAUGAAAUUGCUUCAGAUCCUGUAAACAAGCAUUCAUUCUACACAGCAGAUUUUGGCACAAUCAAUCUUAUUGCUGAAGAUUUAAAACUCAAUAUUUGCCCAGAGGAGAUUAAAGGUGAGACUGAGUUUAAGAAUCCCUGUGACUGUGAACAUCUUGUCAGUUUUCAAUCAACCACGCUUACAACUUUGGGAAAUCUUGCGGAAAAACUAGCUCAGCUUACAGCAAGACUCGAAAAUCUGGAAAACCAGCUGGUCAGCAAAAAAUAAAGAAGUGUUGCUGAGAAUAAUUCACAUUCUAUGACUGUGUCUCUUCUAAUGUCAAGUGGUAUUGUUUUGUAAUCAAAGGAGGCGUUUGUAUAACGGUCAACUCAAAUUGUAAAGCUAUCGCAUUAUAAAUAAUUGUGAAUUGACUUGUUAUUGAAGAAAAGUGGUACAAAUAAUAUAACUUUAAAUUGAAAUUGAAACGGACAACAUUACUAUGGGGAACAUCUAGUAACAAUGUUUGAAAUGAAUGGCAAUUCAAAAUGUAUAAAUUGGUCACAGUCUGAAAUCAAAAAUUGCAAAUAGAAUUGAAAUGUUGCCAAUCAUUUUCCAGGUGUAUACUGGCAUAGCAUAUAGUUAAUAAAAAGUAUAUUUUACUGUAAUUGUUGUACAUCUAAUAAAUUAUAUGACAAAACUGAGUAAUGAACAAUGUUAUACCACACAAGUCUGAUAUUCAUUAUCCUCUAAAUCUCCAUAUGAUGUGACAACCCAUCAACAUAUAAUGUUAAAAAAUAUUUUGCAUUUUUAACUGACUUUCUUUUUUCAUAUUUUAUAAUAUAGUUCAUAACAAAAAAAAAAAACAUUUAAAGAAUGCUUCUUUGGAGCCUAAGUUAGAUUCAAGUUUUUUACUUUUAUAUAAAGUUGGCUUUUGUUCUAGAUUUCAAAGUGUGUUUUCGUAAGUUUUUAAUUCUGUGGUUUUGUAGCACUUUUUCUAUAAAUCCCAAAUGAUGAUUCUAAUGACUUUGUGUUAUGUAAAAAGCAAAACAAUCGCAAAAAUAAAUUACGACUGUCAGUGCCUUACUUACAUGUCAUAGACCCGCAACAAUGGUGCAAUAGUUUGGCUAGUGAAGAGUCAAGAAGUGUUUAGAACUAUGAAUAUAUCCUUAGUUUGCAUUAAAGGGACAUAUAUUCAAUUAGUUAAUUUGAUGAAAUUAAAAGAGGGUAUUUUAAUAUUCAUUUUACUUAAAAAAAAAAAAAAUAUACGUUCCUGUGUUUCUGUAAGCUGCUUUUUUAUUUUAUAAUCGUGAUAUCUUGUGUUCCUUUACCAAUACUGUUGAGGAAGUUUUUUUCCAUGAAAGAAAUAUUUUGAACAUGAUAAAGUUUAAGCAGCAACUUUAAAUAUAAGAUCAGUAACAAGGUAUUCCUUGGUCUGGAAACUAUUCUAACAACAAUCAUUUGCAAGGAACCAAACUGGCAAAUAAUAGUGAAAAUCAUUUCUCUAUAUUUCUGAUAGUUGAUAAAAUAUAUAAGAUUAUUAGCGUGUUCACUUUUAGUAAGAAAAUCCCUUCAUAUGUGUAAUUUAUAAUGUUAUUUCAAGAUUAGAACCCUUUCACCUACUCUAACAAUUAAAGGGACACUGAACCCAAUUUUUUCUUUUGUGAUUUAGAUAGAGCAUGACAUUUUAAGCAACAUUCUAAUUUACUCCUAUUAUCAAAUUUUCUUCAUUCUCUUGGUAUCUUUAUUUGAAAUGCAAGAAUGUAAGUUUAGAUGCCGGCCCAUUUUUGGUGAACAACCUGGGUUGUCCUUGCUGAUUGUUGGAUAAAUUCAUCCACCAAUAAAAAAAGUGCUGUCCAGAGUUCUAAAAAAAAAAAAAAAGCUUAGAUGCCUUCUUUUUCAAAUAAAGAUAGCAAGAGAACAAAGAAAAAUAUAUAAUAGGAGUAAAUUAGAAAGUUGCUUAAUUUUGCAUGCUCUAUCUGAAUUACGAAAAAAACAUUUGGGUUCAGUGUCCCUUUAAGCCCUUUUGAUCAUAAAUCAUAGUUCAGUGCCUUCUAUAAAGCAUCACAGAAUUUAUUUUUCUCCAAGUAAUGCCAGUGUCCUAUCACAAGAUCUAAGCAGUGUGUGCUAACCAAUGCAUUUUUUAACAUAAUCCCAGUUUUAAGAGACAUGCAACCCAAUUUUUUUCUUUGAUGAUUCCUAUAAAACAUACAAUUUUUAUCAAAUUUCCAAUUUAUUUAUAAUAUCAAAUGUACUUCAUUCUCUUGGUAUCCUUUGUUAUAUGAGAAACAUGGUUAGCUGGGAGCUAGCUGUGCUCAUCUGGUGAGCCAAUAACAAGAGGAAUAUAUUUGCAGCCACCAACCGGCAGCUAGCUCCCAUUAAUGUAUUGCUGAUGCUGAGACUACCUAGGCAUGGUUUUUCAACACAAAUACAAAGAAAAUUAAGCAAAUUAGAUAAUAGAAUUAAUUAGAAAGAUGUUUACUUGACUGUCCCUUUAAAGAGUCAGAGUAACCAGUAAAAUUAGUCUAUUACAACAUUUUUUUUGUUUUCCUGUGUACUGCCUAUAAAGACAUUAGCAAAGAGUUAAUUACAUGCUGCUGUCUUGUUGCUAUCAUGGUAAAAUGACAAAACAGUUGCUGCUGAGCCUUACGUAAUGUGAUAACUAAAAUGUAAAAAUACCAAUGAGUAAAUUACAGCUUGAUUUCCCAACAGAAAUCCAUUGUAACAGAAACACUCCAGUGAAUGUUCUUGUCUGUUGCAAUUCUUUGCCAACAUUCUAGUACUAGAAAGUAGCAUUCAGCAUGUUAAAGGGACACUAAACCCAAAAUUUUUCUUUCAUGAUUUAGAUAGAUAAUACAAAUUUAAACAACAAUCCAAUUUACUUAUUUUAUUUAUUUUGCUUCAUUUUUUAGAUAUCCUUAGUUGAAGAAAAAGCAAUGUACAUGGGUGAGCCAAUCACAUGAAGCUUCUAUGUGCAGCAACCAAUCAGCGGCCACUGAGCCUAUGUAGAUAUGCUUUUCAGCAAAGAAUAUUAAGAGGAUAAAACAAAUUAGAUAAUAGAAGUAAAUUAGAAAGUUGUUUAAAAUGACAUGCUCUUUCUAAAUCAUGAAAGAAAAAAAUUGGGUUUCAUGUCCCUUUAAAUACACACAGUUUUAAGUUCAUGUACUGUUAGAUUUAAUGGUAAACUGUUAGUACGUUUGAAAAGCUUUACAAGUUUGAAUCUCUGCAAAUAGGGAUGUGUUCUAGUUAGCUGUUUUCACUGCAUUAUUGAUGUAAUCCAUCUAUGCACCAUUAAGAAAGUUUCUUGCAUAAAGCAUUACAUAGAUUGUAUUUUUUUUCUACUAGGUAAUAUCAUUUGCAGAUACAAUAAUAUAUAGCCCUGACAUCCAAGUGGCCACUUUUUAUGUUCUUAAAAUAUGUUUGGUUGAUAAUAAUAUUUUGUGUGCCCACAAUAAAGAAAUAGCUGUUUA